AUGUCUGAUCCUAGUAUGUGGGAGAGACAUACGACCUACUUGGCCGAAAAAGAAUUACAAACGGCCAGAGAGGCCGGAUCUUCGAAGCAAGAAGAAACUGAGAAAUUAGAAGACGAAUCGACGGAUGUUGAUGUCGAAGACCAGAAACUGGAUUGCAUUUAUGAUGAUGAACCGUUGGGCUUCGAAGAGGAUCCUAUGGGAUCCACCACAAAAAUGAAGGCACAAGAUCCCCUCGAAGAAAUUGAUCUGGGUGAUGGGACAAUUAAAAGACCCACUUAUGUAAGUGCCAAAAUCCCUGAAAAAUUUAAAUGUCAAAUUGCAGAGCUGUUAAAAGAGUACAAAGAUUGCUUUGCAUGGGAUUACAACGAGAUGCCUGGUUUGAAACGAGAAGUAGUGGAGUUAAAGUUACCAAUUCGAUCAGACAAAAAGCCAGUCAAACAGAUUCCGCGUAGGUUCGCUCCACAAAUCCUACCAAAGAUCAAAGAAGAAAUCGAUCGACUGUUGAAAUGCGGCUUUAUUAGGCCUGCAAGGUAUGUAGAUUGGCUAGCAAAUGUAGUUCUAGUUAAAAAGAAAAAUGGAACCAUAAGGGUAUGCAUAGAUUUUAGAGAUCUGAAUCUCGCUACCCCUAAAGACGAAUACCCAAUGCCGGUAGCAGAAAUGCUAGUCGAUUCAGCGGCGGGUUUCGAUUACUUGAGUAUGCUAGAUGGAUACUCUGGUUACAAUCAAAUCUUUAUUGCAGAAGAAGAUAUCGCUAAGACCGCAUUUCGAUGCCCAGGGGCAUUAGGAUGUUAUGAAUGGAUAGUGAUGCCAUUUGGUCUAAAAAAUGCUGGUGCUACAUACCAGAGAGCGAUGAAUUUAAUGUUCCAUGAUUUCAUAGAGAAUUUUAUGCAGGUUUACAUAGAUGACAUUGUAGUGAAAUCUUCUUCAGAAGAGAGACACUUGGAACAUUUACGCCGAUCAUUCGAAAGGAUGAGGCAAUAUGGAUUGAAAAUGAAUCCUUUAAAAUGUGCAUUUGGGGUUUGUGCAGGUGAUUUCUUAGGGUUCGUCGUGCAUAAAAAGGGAAUCGAGAUCAACCAGAACAAAACCAAAGCAAUAAUUGAGACCAAGGCUCCUUCUACAAAGAAAGAGUUACAAUCUCUAUUAGGAAAAAUCAACUUUCUCCGAAGGUUUAUAUCGAACCUAAGUGGCAAGACACAAGCUUUCUCACCACUACUCCGACUAAAGAAAGAUGAUGUUUUCAAAUGGGAACCCGAGCACCAACAAGCUUUCGAUGAAAUCAAGUCUUAUUUGGUAAACCCUCCGGUUCUUUCCCCUUUGUUGAAAGGUAGAAGAAUGAAGUUAUAUAUAGCAACGUCAGAUGGCACCAUCGGAAGCAUCCGAGUCGGGAAAUGGGCUUUGGCACUGACAGAGUAUUCAUUGACUUAUCAAUCAUUAAAAGCUGUCAAAGGCCAAAUUGUGGCCGAUUUCAUUGUAGAGCAUUCAGUGAGCGAGGUUUUGACAACUGAAAUAGACAACCACCCAUGGUAUUUAUAUUUCGAUGGUUCUAGUCAUAAAAAUGGUACUGGCAUAGGGAUAGUCAUAAUCUCGCCUAAAGAUCAUACAUUUGAAUACAUGUUUCGAAUUAAUCAAUUUUGCUCUAACAACGAGGCCGAAUACGAAGCCUUAAUUACAGGUCUAGAAAUUGCACUCGAACUGGGGGCAAGAUACAUCGAAAUCAAAGGAGAUUCUGAACUGGUCCUCAAACAGAUGACUAAAGAAUAUAGGUGCGUUAAAGAAAGUUUGGUCACCUAUCAUGCAAUAGCCAGCAGGUUGCUAAAACAAUUUACCCAUGUGGGCAUUCGGCACGUAUCUCGAAUGGAGAACCAACAUGCAAAUGAUCUAGCACAGAAGGCUUCCGGAUACAAAGUCCCUAAGGAACAGAUGCAAGAGCCAAUAGAAAUCAGAAACAGGCGAAAUUCGAUAGAGUCUUUUUCUGGCGAAUCGUUAACGCCAAAACUUGGGGGGACCAGACCCAUAGUAGAUUAUCUGGAAAAUCCAAAUGGAGCCACCCCUCGAAAAGUGAAAUACAGAGCCUUGAGCUAUGUAAUAAUCGGUAAUGAACUAUUCAAAAAGACUUCAGAAGGAGUUUUAUUGAAAUGCCUAGGGGAAACAGACGCGUAUUUGGCUGUCUCUAAUACUCAUGAUGGAGCAUGCGGGACACACCAAGCAGGCCACAAAAUGAAAUGGCUCUUGUUUCGACAAGGUUUGUAUUGGCCAACUAUGCUCAAAGACUGCAUAGAAUUCGCAAAAGGAUGCCAAGGAUGCCAAAAAUACGCUGGAAUUCAACGCGUCCCAGCAAGUGAACUCCAUGCGAUAAUCAAACCUUGGCCAUUUAGAGGAUGGGCUUUAGAUGUAAUAGGGGAAAUUAAACCCACUUCAUCGAAAGGAUACAGAUAUAUCUUAGUAGGAAUAGAUUAUUUUACAAAAUGGAUAGAAGCAAUUCCCUUAAAAGAUGUUACUCAAGAGGAAGUUAUAAGCUUUAUCCAAAAGUUCAUCAUCUAUAGGUUUGGUAUUCCAGAAACCAUAACCACAGACCAAGGAUCCGUAUUUACUGGUCGAAAGAUGGUGAAAUUUGCCGAAGAUACAGGCUUUAAAUUGCUAACUUCGACACCAUACUAUGCGCAAGCAAAUGGUCAAGUUGAAGCAGCGAACAAAAACAUUAUUGCCAUUAUUAAACGGAAAGUACUUGAAAAAGUAUAA